ACACAUCGUCCCUCUUGGGAAUGUCUGGCGUUCAGACAAGACCUGCAGAAGCUACACCGAACCGAGACGAGUGUGAUGUGGUGAUGAACCUGUCUGCCAGUCAGAGAUGUGAGUUUGUGAAGAAUACACCGGACUGUGCUUCAGAUGAAGGGUUCAUCAAAUACCCUGUGGUCACCUUUUGCCUGUUCCCACCUAAUCUGCUGCCCCUAGCCAUCACUCUCUAUGUCCUCUGGCUGUUUGUUCUGUUCCUUCUUCUUGGGCUGAUUGCAUCAGACUUUUUCUGCCCAAACCUCUCAGCCAUUUCUUCCACACUAAGCUUGACUCAUAAUGUGGCCGGAGUAACAUUCCUGGCACUUGGAAAUGGGGCUCCAGAUGUGUUCAGUGCCAUGGCUGCUUUUUCUCACCCUCAGACUGCUGGUCUUGCCAUUGGAGCACUGUUUGGGGCGGGAAUCUUUGUCACAACAGUGGUAGCUGGAAGCAUUGCUCUGGUUAAGCCUUUCACUGUGGCGUCCCGUCCAUUCCUUCGUGAUGUCAUUUUCUACAUGGCAGCUGUGUUUUGGACCUUCAUGAUCCUAUAUAAAGGCCAUAUUUCCAUGGGAGAAGCCGUGGGUUAUCUGGGGCUGUAUAUUGUAUAUGUUUUGACUGUGAUUGUUAGUGCAUAUGUUUACAAUCGUCAGAAGCAUCAACUGAAUGGAUCGGCCCAGACCUCAGGCAGUGAACGGGGAGAGAUUCUUCCAUCUGAUGCAUAUAGAGAAAUUCCGAAUGCCAGCAUACAAGCACACGAUGAUGGAGAGUAUGAGCCUUUGCUGCCUUACACUCGAUCCACUGCUCAGAUCUUCCUGAAUGCCAUUAACCCGGUGGACAGCCGGACCUGGAGGAGACAGCACUGGAGUGCCAAAGUCCUCAAAGUGAUCAAGGUGCCUGUAGAAGUGCUGUUAUUGUUGACCGUUCCUGUGGUGGACACAGAUAAGGAAGAUCACAACUGGAAACGACCUCUGAACUCUCUGCACAUAAUCACUGGGCCUCUGGUGUGUGUACUUACCUUCCAGUCGGGAAAGUAUGGCUUACUGCUGAUUGAAGGAGAAGUUCCAGUGUGGGUGCUCAUACUCUGCAUCGGAGUCUUCCUCUCGGGCAUAGUCUUCUUCACUACCACAAAUGAGCGUCCUCCUAAAUAUCACUUUCUCUAUUCUCUGCUAGGUUUUGUGGUCAGUGCGCUGUGGAUCAGCACUGUGGCGUCUGAGAUUGUUAGUGUGCUGCACCUGCUGGGUAUUGUUCUCAGUCUGAGCAACACUGUACUGGGCCUCACCUUGUUAGCCUGGGGCAACAGCAUUGGAGAUUGCUUUGCAGACAUUACUAUAGCCCGUCAGGGAUACCCACGGAUGGCCAUCUCUGCCUGUUUCGGAGGCAUUAUCUUCAACAUGCUGUUUGGUGUGGGUCUGGGCUGCCUGCUGCAAAUCUUUCAGACUAAUAACGUUGUGAUGCUGGAACCAGAGGGGAUGCUGUGCUGGGUUCUCUCCGGAGCACUGGGUCUGUCUCUCGUCCUCUCCUUCAUACUGGUUCCUCUUCAGUGUUUUCACCUGAGCAGAUUCUAUGGCAUUUUUCUACUGAUCUUCUACAUCGUCUUCCUCCUCGUUGCUCUGCUCACUGAGUUUAGAGUUAUCCAAUUCUGACAUCAGCAGAAACAUUAAACAAAGGCAAAACAUUCAUAGAAAUGUAUAAGAAUAGAUAUAUAUUUGUAAAUGUCUUUUUUUGAAGAUCAUGAGCCAGUAGUACUCUAGUUAAAUUGUUUGAACAAAUUUUGAAUUAUGAAAUUGAAAUUAUUACAAAAUAUUUUAAUUAAACGGGAUACUUGCAAAUAUGC